AUGAUGGUACUUCGUGACCAUCCGGACGUGGAUGGUGAGUCGGCCCGUAAAGUUCUGGCGGAGGCCUCAUGCAAGAUCAUGAAGAUUGAGUUUCUGGCCAUCACCAAGGGUGUCUCAUCCGACAAGCUAGACGCAGGAGCACGUUCACACAUGGGAGCUGCCCAGGACGUGAUGGGCGUCACUAAGACGCACGAUGGGGCGGUGGUAUCCGUGAAUGGCAAUGUGGAGCAGCCUGCGGACGCUACGUGCAUGCCAGUAACGGGAAGCGGAAGUGGUGGUCGUGUUGGUGCACCCGUAUGUGCCCCUCUGACACUGGCUCUACCGCGUCCCACAGGUAUUGCUGUGGAGACACCCAUGCAGCAAGUGCUGGCGCUGCACGUGUCGGGCCAGGCCACAUGCCAGAGUACACCGGCCCAGCAGGGUGUGGCCGGGCGAGUCACCGCGCUUACUCCAGCCCUUGCAAGAGCUGUAGCCGCAACGCCUAAGGGCAAGAGAGCCUCGACCAGUGGAUGGACGGGUGUGAUGUUCAACACGGAGACAGGCAAUUACUAUGUGCGCAUCAUCACCAAGGGCAAACAGCAGACCCGUCUGGGGUCUUACGACGAUAAGGACGAGGCGGCUUAUGCGUACGCAGCUGGCGCGGUGGUGCUGCGUCCGAACCAGCAAAUCAACUCUACUAUAGAGCUCACAGCUGAGGAGAGGGAGGCUCUUGCUGGCUGCACCAAGGACCAUCUGAAGCUGCUGGUCAGGCACCGGCGUUGGAAUCGCUAG